GCUGACCCGGCCGUCCCCGUCCCCCAGGACCUGGAGCAGAGGCUGUGGGAGGCCGAGCGCCGGGAGCGAGCCCUGCACGGCCGCCUGGUCCGCCUGGAGGAGCAGAACCGGCAGCUCCUGGGGCAGCUCGCGGAGAGCCAGUCCCAGGAAGAUAGCACGGCGCGGAAGGAGCGGGAGGUGAUGCUGCGGCUGAAGGAGGUGGUGGACAAGCAGCGGGAUGAGCUUCGUGCCCGGGCCCAUGAGAUCGUCUGCAAGAGCCGAGACACGGAGGCGCUGCAGGAGCAACUGCAUCGCUUCAUGGCCAUGAAUGAGGACCUGCGUCACAAGGUGGCCGUGGUGCAGGCUCAGCUCAAGAGCGCGCUGGAGAAGAAGUCAGACCUGGAGGCCGCGAUGCUGCGAACCCAGAGGGAAAUGAGCAGGAGGAGCAGGACUGCCUCUGAGAUCCAGCAGCCAAAGCCCAGCUCAGUGAGUCUGAGCCCGUGGCCCCACUGCUGCCGGGCAUUGCUAAUGAUCCGACCUUCCCGGCCCUGCGAAGGAGCGCCGCCGCCCGUGGAGGAGCCGCAGCACCAGGACGCGGAUGCGGGCAGGAGCCCUGCUCACUGCUGCUUUUCCAGGGAAGAGCUGCAGCAGAUCCUGCAAGAGCGGAACGAGCUCAAGACCAACCUGUUCUUGGUGCAGGAGGAGCUGGCCUAUUACCAGCGGGAGCUGCUGAACGAAGAGAGAGUUCCCAGCUUCUUCUUGGAUGCAAUGAAGUCGACUAUCAAAAGACAGAGAAAAAAAAUCAGAGCCAAAAUGCUGGGAACGGCGGAGGAGUCGGCGAGCAGUGAUGAAGACGAGGGCUCCUGGCUCCCAGCUCGCGGUGCAGACUGCGUGGAUGCUCAGCCUCCCGAAUCCAAAAUUAGGAGCUUUUUUGGGCUGUGGUAUCAGGGCAGCAGCAAAGACCCCCCCACAUCCAGCUGCUCUGGAGCCUGGGAAAUCAUCGACUCGCUGGACACGCAGCUGGAGCCCGAGGGAGAGAGCGAGCCGGCGGGCGGGCGGCAUGGCAGCCCUGGCCGCUUCCCCACGCUGUGGUGA